AAGCAGAAACUGGAGAAGGAGAAGAGCGAAAUGAAGAUGGAGAUUGACGACCUGGCGAGCAACAUGGAGACUGUCUCCAAAGCCAAGGGCAACCUUGAAAAGAUGUGCCGCACCCUGGAAGAUCAACUGAGUGAACUUAAGAGCAAAGAGGAAGAGCAACAGAGGCUGGUCAAUGACCUGACGGGCCAGAGAGCGCGCCUGCAGACAGAAGCAGGUGAAUAUUCACGCCAGCUAGAUGAAAAGGACUCAUUAGUUUCUCAGCUCUCAAGGGGCAAACAAGCAUUCACACAACAGAUUGAGGAACUGAAAAGGCAGCUUGAAGAGGAGAUAAAGGCCAAGAGUGCCCUGGCCCAUGCCCUGCAGUCAGCCCGCCAUGACUGUGACCUGCUGCGGGAACAGUAUGAGGAGGAGCAGGAAGCCAAGGCCGAGCUGCAGAGGGCAAUGUCCAAGGCCAACAGUGAGGUUGCCCAGUGGAGGACCAAGUACGAGACGGACGCCAUCCAGCGGACAGAGGAGCUGGAGGAGGCCAAGAAGAAGCUGGCUCAGCGGCUGCAGGAUGCUGAGGAACACGUAGAAGCUGUGAAUGCCAAAUGUGCUUCCCUUGAGAAGACCAAGCAGCGGCUCCAGAAUGAAGUGGAGGACCUCAUGAUUGAUGUUGAGAGAACCAAUGCUGCCUGUGCAGCCCUGGACAAAAAGCAAAGGAACUUCGAUAAGAUCCUGUCAGAAUGGAAGCACAAGUAUGAAGAAACUCAUGCUGAACUUGAAGCUUCCCAAAAGGAGUCCAGGUCACUCAGCACAGAGCUGUUCAAGGUUAAGAAUGCUUAUGAGGAAUCCUUAGACCAACUUGAAACCUUGAAGCGGGAAAAUAAGAAUUUGCAACAGGAGAUUUCUGAUCUCACUGAGCAGAUUGCAGAAGGAGGGAAGCGUAUCCAUGAGCUGGAAAAAGUAAAGAAGCAAAUUGAGCAAGAAAAGUCUGAAAUUCAGGCUGCUUUAGAAGAAGCAGAGGCAUCUCUUGAACAUGAAGAGGGAAAGAUCCUGCGCAUCCAGCUGGAGUUGAACCAA